AUGGCGUCGAAGGUUUUACUAGGCCGACUUCAAAGCGCCUCCAUGGCCGUUCCAAUGCGCGCUACACGCAGCUUCCAUGCGACAGCACGAACGAUGGCCGACGCAACUACUCCCUUACCUGUUCGCAAGCCCGUGGGUGCCUUUCGUGGAGGACUCUUUGGUUUCCUCCUCGGUUCGACUCUCGCGGGUGCUGGCAUUUACAGCUAUGUCCUACGAGAAUAUAAGGCCUCCAACGAGUUAUUAACGGAGGACAUCUAUGCUCUACAGGCUGCAUGCCAACGACUGAACACGUACGUACAGCAACUCGAAGAUAAGAUGGACGCCGCGGAAAGGAAAAAGAAGUAA